AUGGCAGUACAAUCGAAGCUGUCACUGCCCGGCGGCCUCGUGUCAGAAGGAGCGCUGAAGAAGGUCGUCUCUGAUCUAACAAGGCUAUACCUCAAACACCGCACACGCAUCUCACGCGCCGUCUACAUCGGCCUCUUUGUCACUUUACUGAAUCGUAUACGCAACGCCAUCAACGAGCAGAAAGCCGCCGAGCAACAACGACGAACAGCCGCUCGCAAUGGAGAAAGAGAAGGAAACACACCGGCUGGCAGGAAGAAGGUCGAGCUCAACAGAGAGUUCUUCCGUAACCUGAUCCGCUUGCUGAGGAUCUGUAUACCGGGCUGGAAGAGCAAGGAGUUGCGUCUUCUCAUCAGUCACAGCAUUUUCCUCGUUUUGAGAACGUUGAUUUCGCUCUACGUCGCCGAACUGGACGGAAGACUGGUAUCUGCUCUCGUCCGUGGCAAGGGCAAGGACUUUAUUGGCGGUCUGCUGUGGUGGAUGGUUGUCGCCAUUCCAGCUACUUUCACAAACUCCAUGCUUAGCUACCAUCAGUGCAAGCUCGCCCUCCAAUACCGCACCCGCCUUACCCAACACAUCCACAACAAGUAUCUAUCCAACAUGACCUUUUAUACCCUCUCCGCCCUCGACGACCGCAUCAAGAACGCCGAUCAACUCGUCACAGUCGAUGUCAGCAAAUUCUCAAACUCGCUCGCUGAGUUGUACGGAAAUCUGGCAAAACCAAUCUUGGACCUGAUCAUCUACAACUACUCGCUUUCGCGUAGUGUCGGUGGUGAAGGUCUNUUUGCCAUGGGUCUACUCGUCCAGCUCUCUGCUUCCGUCAUGCGAGCUCUGACGCCGCCCUUUGGCAAAUAUGUUGCUGAUGAGGCACGUCUGGAAGGAGAAUUCCGCUUCCAACAUUCACGUGUGAUUGAUUACAGCGAGGAGAUUGCUCUAUACCACGGCCAAGAAGCCGAGAAAGAUGCUCUCGACAAGAAUUACUUUACUCUCAUCAAGCAUGUGAACCGCAUUUUGAGAAGAAGAUUCUACCACGGCAUCAUGGAGGAUUUUGUUAUCAAAUACUUCUGGGGCGCUUUGGGUUUGAUGCUGUGCUCCAUCCCUGUGUUUUUUAGACUCCCUGUAGCGAAAAAUGCAGGAACAGCAGCCAAGAACUCGACAGAGGCUUUUGUCACGAACAGACGUUUGUUGCUCAGCUCUUCUGACGCCUUUGGAAGGCUCAUGUUCUCUUACAAGGAAAUUUCCCAGCUUGCGGGCUACACUUCUCGCGUCUCCACUCUGCUGUCAGUCAUUGCGGAUAUCCAAGCUGGACACUUUGAAAAGCAAUUGGUCAGCUCCGCAUCCGUGGACGCCAAUGCUGCCGUUCUCGCUGGCAGGGGCACCAUCACCGAAGGCCCUGAUAUCAUGUUCAAAAACGUGCCCAUCGUAUCCCCCAACGGCGAUAUCUUGGUCUCUGCGUUAUCAUUCCAUAUUACACCUCAAGACCAUUUGCUAAUCAUUGGCCCCAAUGGCUGUGGCAAAUCUUCUCUGUUCAGGAUUUUGGGGGGACUGUGGCCUGUUUACGGCGGAGAGGUCAGAAAACCUCCCGCCGAAGAUAUUUUCUACAUUCCCCAACGACCGUAUCUCAUGGCUCAUGGUAGUCUUCGCGCCCAAAUCAUUUACCCAGAUACCGUGGCCGAGAUGCACGAAAAAAACACCACGGAUGCUGAUUUGCUGCAAAUACUCAGCUCUCUGGAUUUGGACAACUUGUUAUCUGUGCCUGUUGCCAAAGAUGGCAAUCAAGCAUCAUCAACACUCUCGGGUCUGGAUACCACAGCACCUUGGCCCGAUGUACUCUCUACAGGAACACAACAACGCCUGGCCGCCGCCCGCCUCUUCUACCACUCUCCCUGUUACGCCAUCCUCGACGAAUGCACUUCCUCUCUAACCCCCAGCAUCGAAGCUCUAAUCUACACUUCAGCCAAAGCCCGCAAUAUUUGCCUCUUGACUGUCAGCCACAGAAAAUCUCUAUGGCAGUAUCAUACUCGCAUCUUACAGUUUGACGGCAAAGGAAACGCGUGGUUUGGAAUUUUGGAUGCGGANAAAAGAUUAAGACUUGAAGAUGAGAAAGAGGAUUUGGAGGAAAAGUUGAGGGGGGUGGAGGGUGUGGAAAAGAGGAUUAAGGAAUUGGAGACUGUGUGA